AUGGGCGUGGGAGGGGGUCUAUCUCUAGGCGUACAGCAACCUGGUCAAGUACACAGCAUUAUGAGUCCGCAUCUUGGUAUGAAUAACAGGAGCGUAGCUGGUAUAGGUCUGGGUAUGAACGGCACCUCUCCGGUAGUGAGCGCCGCUGGUGGUAAUGCUGGCUCUAACGCAGGCGCUGGGUUGCAGUACGGACAGAUGACUGCGCAGCAGAGGCAGAUGUAUAUGAUGAAUCCGCAUAACCAGCCCAGACAGAUUAUGAACAACUUCCAACAUGGUCCCGGAGUGCAAAAGAAUCCUCUGGGCGUGAUCGGCUCCAUACCUAUGCUAACGCAACAGCAACAGCAACAACAGCAGCUGUUGAUGCAGCAGCAGAGGACCCACCAACAACAACAGCAACUACAACAAAUACGCAACUUCCAACAAAGCGCUAUGCAACAAGCCGCUUUUGGUACCCCACUAAACCCCACCUCUGGUCCCGGAAAACAACCUGCACAAUCUGGACAUGUAGUAGGCAAGACACCUCUUAGAGGACAAAAAUCGGCCCAGAGUCAACAGGGAGCUCCAUCAUCUCCCAUGCCACACGCACAGCAAGGCUCACCGGGAGGGUUUGGUCUAUCGCAACAGAUACAGCAACCACAACAGGGGUAUGCGAACCAAGCUGGGGUGGCCCAAAUGGCGGCGUAUACACAAGCACAAGCACAGGCACAAGCACAGGCACAAGCGCAAG